GGUCUGGUUAGGUGCCAAAAAAGACCCCCAAAGACGACUGAAUACCGACCACGAAUAAGCCCAAAUCAAAAGAAAGCCCCAGAAGAACCCAUCAACGACAAAACUUUUGAAUUACAGAAGAACAAAACCCUAGAAAAUUACACGUUCUAACAAAAAACCAAUCUACUGAGAAAAACCCCAAAACGCUAGAUCAACACGCCUUUUAAGCGUCGUGUCCACUUUCUCCACCACUCCACUCCACUCCAUUCCAUAUCCCACUCUCUCUCUCUCUCGCUCGAAUUCCAUCUCUUGAGGCCCGGUUUUCUAUCUCUAAGAUUUCCUCUUCCUAUCGAGCCAGGUGGGUUCAAGUCGGCUCCGUGAUGGUCCCGAUCGUCGCGUCGCAGUUAGCGACAGGGCUUGGUGUUUUAGCCGGAGCCAUUUUCGUGAAAUCGAUGCUUGAUCAGAAACCAAUGGCGGGUGGUUGGCCUCGUUGCCCUAGCUGUAAUGGCACUGGUAGGGUUGCGUGCAUGUGUUCUCGAUGGUCAGAUGGCGAUGUAGGCUGCCGGACCUGUGCGGGUUCAGGGCGCAUGGCCUGUAGCAGCUGUGGAGGCACCGGCAAUGGCCGCCCCAUCCCUGCUCCUCUAUCUGUUAGGGUUAAUCGUCCGCCAUGAAAGGGGUGUGUCUCUCUCUAUUAUAUGUUUCUCUCCCUAUAUUUCUCUUUCAAGCUCUUGAAUUUAUAUUUGUUUCUAUGUAAUAUACGAGGGAGGUGAAAUUGAAGUGGGAUUAGGUUUAUCAAAGUCAGUAUCUUGCUGUGAACAUGAAAUUGGUUAUUGAAUGAGAGGGUGAUAUGAAUUUCUUAAAUUU